UUUUGAUACUGUUCACGUUGUAAAUUGUGCAAUUUGUUCAAUAAAACUUCUAAUUUACAGCAGUAAUACUCAGUAUAAUACAUCAUUAAUACUUUCUUUACACUCGUACUUGCAGUUUUGUCGUGAGUCACCAUGAGACUCGUGGAUUCAUCGAAGUUAUUAGAACUUCAAACUAAACCUUCGAAAAUUCGAAAUAUUUGUAUUGUGGCCCAUGUGGAUCAUGGGAAAACCACAUUAGCAGACUCUCUGAUAUCCAGUAAUGGCAUCAUAUCGCAGAGAAUGACGGGAAAACUCCGGUACAUGGAUAGCAGGCCAGACGAACAGGAACGAGGAAUAACCAUGAAAAGCAGCAGUAUUGCUCUAUAUCAUGCUCUAGAGAAGGAGGAAUAUCUUGUGAACCUUAUAGAUUCUCCAGGGCACAUCGAUUUUUCCAGUGAAGUAUCAACAGCAGUCAGGUUAUGUGACGGAGCAAUUGUUAUUGUUGAUGUUGUAGAAGGAGUAUGUCCCCAAACGCGUCUGGCGCUGAAGCAAGCAUACGCAGAAAAUAUCAAAGCCGUGUUAGUGUUGAACAAAAUUGAUCGGCUCAUCGUCGAAAUGAGAAUGACAGCUCUGGAUGCUUAUGUACAUAUAAUGCAAGUUCUGGAACAAGUUAAUGCUGUCAUGGGUGAGCUGUUCACCUCUGGUGUUAUGGAGACGGAGGAAACUCUUUUGGAUAAAAAGCAAGAAUCACCAAAGCCAAAAGAGGAUAAUAACUUCUAUGAUUGGACCUCUGCUCUAGAAGAUGCCGAUGAUUCCAACUUGUAUUUCUCGCCGGAGCAAGGAAAUGUUGUUUUCGCUAGCGCCAUAGAUGGAUGGGGGUUUACCAUACAAACAUUUGCUAAGUUGUUUUCUGAUAAAUUAGGUGUCAAAGAAGAAUUGCUCAGAAAAGUAUUGUGGGGUGAUUUUUAUUUAAAUGCAAAAACAAAACGUUUCAUGAAAGGUGCUCAAGAAAAGGCCAAGAAACCUUUAUUUGUACAAGUUGUUUUCGAUAAUUUAUGGAAUAUUUACGAAACUAUCGUCCUAAGGAACGAUAAAGAAAAAGUUCCAGUUAUUUGUGAGAAAUUAGGAAUUAAACUUACCACUAGAGAUUUAAGACAUUCUGAUAGUAGGAUACAGCUACAGUCUCUGAUGAUGCAGUGGCUACCACUGUCUAAUGUAGUUUUAGAUAUGGUAUGUUCAAAACUACCGUCGCCAAAAGAAAUUCUUCCAGAAAAAGUCGAAAAACUCAUGUGCUCCAGGAUUAAAGACCUUGAGUCGUAUCCUGAUGAGACGAAAAAACUCAAAGACGACUUUUUAGCCUGUGAUAGUAGUGACAAUGCAACUGUGAUUAUUUUUAUAUCUAAAAUGUUUAGCGUUGAUAAAUCAAUAUUACCGGAAAAUAAGCCUAAAGUGCUAUCCCCAGAGGAAAUGGCUUUAAGGCGAGAAAAAGCCAGAAAAAUGCGCGAAGAAAUGAAAGAAAAUAGUUUAAAACCAGUUCCGGAGAAAGAAAAUGUGGAUGAAACUGAGAAAUGUACUGAAGAUGAAAAAGAAAAGGAAGAAGUUAGUGAUACAGCAUUUAUAGCAUUCGCUAGAGUAUUUAGUGGUAAAGUAAGAAAAGGAGACAAAUUGUAUGUCCUCGGUCCAAAGCAUGACCCAUCUGAUGUACUCAGUAGACCAGAUUUUAAAAUAGAUCCACAUAAAAAACUUAAAGAUUUGCAAAGCAAUGAACAUGUUACUUGUGCGGAGAUCAAAUCACUGUACACCUUAAUGGGUAGAGAACUUGAAGACAUGGAAGAAGCGAUUGCAGGAAAUAUCAUUGGCAUAGGAGGUCUCGAGGACCAUAUCCUCAAGACAGCUACUCUUAGCAGUACCAUCGCCUGUCCAGCCUUCAGCGAAAUCCAAUAUGCUGCCGUACCCAUACUUAGAGUGGCAGUCGAACCCACGUACCCUUCGCAACUGGCGCAGUUGGUUAAAGGUCUAAAACUCCUGAACCAAUCCGACUCGUGCGUCCAGGUGUUACUCCAAGAGACCGGCGAACAUGUGCUGGUGACUGCUGGAGAAGUCCAUCUGCAGAGGUGUCUUGAGGAUUUGAAGAACAUGUACGCGAAGAUACCGAUAACAGUCUCCGAACCUAUCGUCCCAUUUAGAGAGACGGUAGUCGAACCGCCGAAAAUCGAUAUGGCGAAUGAGGAAAUCGAUUCCCAAAAUAUCGAUGAGAACAAAGAGGAAGUGGAUCCAGUGAUCACAGUCACAACCAACAACAAGCAGAGCACCAUCAAAAUCAGAGCGAAACCUCUGCCCAACCAAAUAACAGAGUUACUAGACAAAUCUGCAGACAUCCUCAAAGCGGUAUCACAACACAUCAAAAUACAGCAAGGCCUAAAGAACAAUAUAGAAAGCAAACUAGAAGACUUGAAGUUAAACGAAUCGAAACACCAAAUAUCGGAUCGCGUCCAAAAACUGAUCGACGACUUCAAAACCAAACUCGAAGAAAUAUGCUCAAAACUACCAGAAUGGAAGGACACCGUCAAUCAAAUCUGGUCCGUGGGCCCCAGGAAUUGCGGGCCAAAUUUGCUUCUCAAUCACACCCGAGAUUACAAAACGAAGUUUUUACACCACGAAACAGAACUACAGGAGGACGCGAGAUUCGAAUACGAGAGUAGUUUUGUUAAUGGAUUUCAAAUGGCGUCUUUAGCUGGGCCGUUAUGCGAGGAGCCCAUGAUGGGAGUCGCUUUCUGCGUCGAAGAAUGGUCUCUAGAUAAAAGUGAAGGGGAGGAGGAUUCCCACACAUUCGGCCCAUUGUCAGGUCAAAUAAUGUCCGCCGUGAAGGAGGGUUGCAGACGCGCGUUCCAGGCGCAGCCGCAGCGUUUGAUGGCCGCCAUGUACUGCUGCGACAUCGUCGUCGACCAGAAAGUUCUAGGGAAGCUGUACGCGGCGCUGGGUCGUCGCGGCGGGCGCGUGGUCGGCGGCGAUCUGCGCAGCGGCGCGUCGUUCCGCGUGCAGGCGCUGCUGCCUGUCGCCGAGAGCUUCAAGUUUGCCGUUGAAUUGCGCACACACACCUCCGGGCUGGCCGCGCCGCAGCUCGUAUUUAGCCACUGGGAGGUAAUCGACAUCGAUCCAUUCUGGAAGCCGCGGACCGAGGAGGAAUAUCUGCACUGGGGCGAGAAGUGGGACGGCGUGAACCGGGCCAAAGCGUACAUGGACUCCGUGAGGACGAGGAAAGGACUCGCCACUGACAAGCAGCUGGUUCAGCACGCUGAGAAGCAGAGGACGCUGUCGAGGAAGAAGUAGGCUGAAACAAAGUUUGGCAUAAAGUAGCACCUCACCAUCGAGCAAUUAACAGCCAUAGAUUAAGGCUAUGUUACCAAGCUGACUGUCAGCCGCCGAAUAUGAGCGAACGUUACGCAGUUUAUUGUAUUUCUAUACAUACCUAUUGACUUUUUCGUUCACGCCUAACCGACAGUACGCUAAUACGCUAGGCGUAGGCGCGGACAUUCGAUACCGUUUAUUAUCACGUUCACACUGAGCCUGCUCACAUUCGGCGGCUUAGGGUUGAUUCAGACCGCAACGCGACGA